AUGCUCAGGCACAUGGCCCUUGCGGCAUUGGCCUCUACGGCCUUUGCCCAGACGACGCAAGAUCUCAAUGCCACGCUCAGCGGUAUUCCCGAGCUGUCCAACCUGACGACGUACUUGGGCGCGCUCCCAGACGUCUUGAGCUCGCUAUCGGGCGCCAGCAAUAUCACCAUUCUGGCUCCGAACAACGAUGCCUUCGACCAAUUGAUGAACACCUCCCUCGGCGCGGCGUUGACGCAGGACCCCGGCCUGAUCCAGGCUGUACUCACCUACCACGUACUUGACGGCACGUACAGUUCCAGCCAGAUCACUGAGGAUAGUCGAUUCAUCCCCACGCUUCUGACGGACACUGCGUAUGCCAAUGUCACCGGCGGUCAGCGGGUUGAGGUCGAGGAAGAGGACGACAAUGUUGUCUUCUACUCGGGUCUGCGGCAGAACGCGACUGUAACACGGGCUAACGUAAACUUCACCGGCGGUACCAUCCACAUCAUCGACAGCCUCCUCACACUGCCCGCAAACGUCAGCUCCACGGCGCUGGCGGCCAACCUCACGGCCUUCGUGGGCGCGCUGACCAACGCCAGCCUGGUCGACACAGUCGACACGACGCCCGACGUGACCGUCUUCGCGCCCGUCAACCAGGCCUUCGCGGCCAUCGGCCCCGUGCUGGCCAACGCGUCGACGGACGAUCUGGCCAACGUGCUCAGCUACCACGUCGUCAGCGGCACCGUCGCGUAUCCGGACGUGAUCCGGUCGGAAACUAACGGCAGCAACCAGACGGGCGGCGGCGCUGUCCUCACGGCGCUCAACGGCGCCGAGCUGACCGUCCGCGUGCUGGACGACGGCGACGUCUUCGUCAACGGCGCGAGGGUGGUUGUUGCGGAUUUGCUGGUGGCGAAUGGCGUGGUGCAUGUUGUUGACAACGUCCUCAACCCCUCCAACUCCACCGCCACACCACCAUCCAGCAACGACAACGACAACGACGACGACGACGACGACGACGACGACGACGACGACGACGACAGCGGAGCCGUCCAAUUCUCCGCCUCUGCAACCGCCACCGACGCCGCCGUCCCGUUCACGUCUGACGCGCCCACGCCGACUACGACCAUCGACGCUGUUGCUACUGCUGCUACUACUGCUGCUACUACCAGUGGUGAUGGAUCGGGUGGUGCUGACAGUACUACCGGGGCGAGUGCGAGCGCGACUGGUGCGGCAGGUACUGUCGGUGUGGGUGCGGUGGCGGUCGGAUUGGGAUUGGGGCUGGGUGGGGUUUUUGUGGUGGUUUUGUGA